AAUGGAGUGUGCUUUUUAAACUCCGCCCACAUCGGCUACGAAGCUUUCUUGUCAGAGGAAAAUUUACGCCCGCCCUAUAAUACGAAACAUCUGCAUCGACGUAAUCAAUCCAAAGAUAUUCUAAAACUUUUCAGUUCACAGCUCCGUUUAACGGAAACAUUUGCAGCUUGGAUCCCAACAGGCCAGCUACCAAGGGCAAAGGAAAUACCAAUACGUUUUAGCGGCAGCCUGAACCUUUUCGUCAUGGCUGAUCUGCUGAGACUGCUCCUGCGGGUGGCUGAGAAAGCAGCUAAUGUGGCCCGGGUCUGCAGACAAGAGGCCCUUCUCUUUCAGCUGCUCGUUCAAGAGAAGACUGGAGAGGACAAGAACAAGAAGUUUGUUCAGGACUUCAAGACACUGGCAGAUGUGGUGAUUCAAGAAAUGAUCCGCCAUGAUGUUGGAACUCAGUUUGAUGAAAUGAUUGGCUUUAUACAUGGCGAAGAGUCGAACAAGUUUGAAAAUGGACUAGGGGAGAGCGUGACAGUAACAGUAUGUCUUACGGAAGAGGAGACAGCAGCUCUCCUGGCUACAGUGUUGGAUGGUGACCAUAUGGCAGCAUCUCUCUUGGCUCGGGCCAUCCACCAGGAUCCAGUGGCAAUCACAGACAUAAGCCCAGAGACCCUCAACAUGCCCCUCAGUCCCACAGACCUGGGUAUCUGGAUAGACCCAAUUGAUGCUACCAGUCAGUAUAUUGAGGGUCGUGAGGAGGUGCUGGUGGAGGGGCAUCUGUCUCCAUCAGGUCUGCAAUGUGCCCUGGUUCUGAUUGGAGUCUACCUCCGGGCCACAGGGGAACCUGUCAUGGGUGUUAUAAACCAGCCCUUCCACCACAAAGACUCAACAGGGGGAUGGAAGGGACAGCAUUUCUGGGGUGUGUCGUAUGGGAGCUUCAAGGCCUGCUCAGUGGACCGACCUAAAGACGGAACCAAAGAAAGCACAGGAGGAGGGGGGAUAUCAGUGGUCCUGAGCUCUAGUGAGAAACAGGCAGUGAAGGAGGCCCUGACCCCACUGUGUGGCCUAGACAGGCUCAUGUAUGCCUCUGGAGCAGGCUACAAAAUCUUGUGUGUAAUCCAGGGUCUGGCUGACAUCUAUGUACUCUCUGAAGGCAGCACCUUCAAGUGGGACUCCUGUGCUCCUCAUGCCCUGCUCCGGGCUUUGGGAGGGGGGAUGGUUGACCUGGCGGAGUGCCUCCGUUCCAGUUCUGGAGAGAAGGGUCAUCAAGAAGAACUGACUUACCACCGACCCCACAAAGAGAGCCCUGGGGCAGACCGCUGGGCUAACCAGGGAGGCCUGGUGGCCUAUCUAGACAGUAAACUACUCCAAAGAGUCAUUCAGGAACUAAAAGGCAAGUUUUAAUUGAAGUGGCAAUGUUAAGUACAGGUUUAGGCUUGCUGACUGCUAGGAUAUCUGUGUUUUAUAUCAACAAUGAUGUGCAAGUUCUUUUUCAAAUUGUAGACAUGUAUAUGUAAAUGUGAAUAUUCUUAGAAAUGUUAACUUUCAUUUAACUGUAAACUACUGUAUUUGGGAUGAAUGUCUCAUCACAUUGUAUUGUAAGUUGCUCUGGAUAAGAGUGUCUGCUAAAUGACUAAAUGUGUUGAAUAUGCAUUUAGAAGUUCACUUGUAAUUAGGUAAUAUAUCUCAUGGCAAAACCUUUUUGAAUAAUGUGGAACUCCUUCAUGAAUGGUCAACUGUCUGCUAUACAUAUGUUUAAUAAUAUAUCAUGGCAACCCAAUAAGAUGUGUGGUAAGUACCAUAAGUGUAUCCUUUUUGACAAUAAUGGUGUGUGAACAAGGCAAGCGUGGAGAAGAAUCAAAUGAACCAGUUCGGAAUUUGCAAGUCCAGAAAAUGCCUUUUAUGGAGCAGAGCUGUAAGAGACAGGCUAUACACAGGCUUUUUUCCCCUCAACAAAGCUCUGAAUAUAUCAGGUCACAAAGCUCUGUGAAUUCAUCAGGUCACAGAAAAAGCCAAAGGAGGAACAUCCACAGCAUCACUCUUGGUUUACAGUAAAUUGGGAUUAGACCAAUUUGAGGUAACAGGAUGUACGGCUAAUACUUUACUGAGUUGACCCUAGAUGCAUGUCACAAAAUAAAAAGUUACUCUAAAAGGUUAAAUAAAUAUAUAACUACAUAUAUUAUAACUUAACAGAAGAACAGAAAAAAACAAAGAUCUACAAUAUUUUUUUGGGAAAUCAACUUUAAUAUGAAAACCAGAGAAAGCAGAAAAUUAACCAAACAGUGAUGCUUUAUCAUUAAAUUAAACUUGUUAGCCAACUCAUAACUCCACCAUCCCUUGGAGAACAUACACAUUAAACCCUGAUGAUUGUCUGAUUUUUUGCAAUUUUCUUUUUGCAUAUUCUGUUUGAAAUAUAAAAAUGAAACAUUAUUCA